UUCUUUUUUUCCUAUUCUCACCCUGCUCUUCUCCCGCAAACUUCUAUCCCUUCUUUAUUAUUUCUCAUUCUUUCUCCAACGCAACAGCCCACUGCCGCCACACCUACGCCGGUUUCCACCGCUGCUCCACCGACGCACACGCACACCCAGUGAGAGAGAGCUCAAGAAUGGCAUGGAGGGGACAUCUUUCUCAGAAUCUGAAAGAACUUCGGAUACUGCUAUGUCAAUCAUCCCCUGCGAGCUCGUCCGCUAGAGCAUUUGUGGAGAGGAAUUACAAGGACCUCAAGACACUGAACCCUAAAUUCCCAAUCUUAAUUCGUGAAUGCAGUGGGAUCGAGCCCCAGUUAUGGGCUAGAUAUGAUAUGGGUGUUGAGAGGGGCAUUCGUUUGGAAGGCUUGACUGAGGCAGAGAUCUUUAAGGGACUUGAAGACCUGGUGAAAGUGGGGGCAUCUAUUAAAGCCUGAUAGUGCUACUAUCGGAAUCAUUGGUCAGUAUGAAAUUGAAUAAAUUAAUAUCAUGGGAAAAUCAUCUUCCCAGAAACUUUUUUUUUUUUUUUUCAAUUGAUCUGAUGUAUUUUUCCUUAAAGAUACUCUGGAUCUUUGUCUUGUAGUUUGAUCAUUUCAUGAAUAUACCUUCUGGCCAAUGUUUGGCAAGUUCAAUUCUGAAUUUGACCUCUGGAUUUGGGUAUUAUUUGGAUUCCUGUUUGGUGGUGAGCAGCAACCAAAUUGCUAAAUUAUUUAAAUUAAAUAAGCCCUUGGUUCAAUUUA